CUCAUUUCGUUUCAUUAUUAUUGCAAUGUUGUUUGAUUUGUUUUCUUCUUGGUGUUGCAUUAUUUGUCAAAUAGCGAAAAUAAAAACUGCCUUUAUAGUGAAAAAUCUAAACAAAUAUCUCAUUAAUAUUUAAAACUAUUUAUGCUUAACAAAUAGCAGUUGAAACUAUAUUUGUCCAUGUGCUAUUAUUUGUAUGAUAUACGCAAUUUAAGGCGUGGCUAAAUACAGGAAACAACUAAAAUCGGCGGUACUAAAGCGUUUCCGUUGCCUUUGUCUUGACAUUCGAGGAAUUUCAUUAACGCCAGACAAAGCAAGUUUUCAGAUUGCAUGUAAAUUAAAAACGAAGCAGUGAAAAAGUUUAUAAUCUUACGUUUAAAACCUUAACUAUUAUAAAGACAACGUGUUUCACAGUGUUUGAUUUAGCUAACCGGUUUAAAUGUUUAAUAAACAUCUAGGAGCAAAUUCGGCCAUAAUGGAGGCGCUGGAAACGCCACCUGGAAUCAGGAUUGGUAGACUGAAUGCUUACUUGAUAUACUCGUAUGUAUGUACACAAGUACAAAUAUACAUAUGUACAUAUUCACAUUGGAUUUACUGGUCACGGAAAAAGUUGAUUUCGGUUUACAGACAACAGCAAUCUACACAUUUUGAUUCGACUCCUUGCUGCUUAUAAAUUUAAAGCAUUGAUUUUGGAAGUGUGUCAUGUUUCUUAAAAAAUAAUAUAAUUUUCAGCCACUCCGUUUUCAUUUAUAAUUUUCUUAUCGUUUAUAUACAUAUGCAUUAAAAAAGUAAGUAGAUUUACUACAACACCACCUUCCUCUCCUUUUGUGUAUUUAACACGCGUAUGUACAGACAUUUGUAUGUGCGUAUGCACUAAAAAUAAAAUGAAAACAAAAACGUGCUAGCCUUCAUUGCAGUACAUUGACUUCUGUAAAAGACUUUCAAGAGUAUCUUAUCACUUUUAUACAAUGAACUGAUACAUAUGCGUAAUAUAGUUUUAAAUGAUGCAUUUUAUUACAAAAAUGUGUAAACUUGGUAUUCUUUAUAGUAAAAAUCAAUGCCAAACUAUUAUAAAGCCCAGUUAAUUAUAUCUUAUUAAACAAUAUACGUUGUUAUGAUAGCUGUGUGCCAGUUGAAGCUAUAAUACCCUUCACAAUUAAAAAACUUUCCAUACUAUAUUUGAUUUUGAUCGUUCAGUUUAUAUUGCGGCUAUACGAUAUAGUGGUCCGCUCUGAAUAAUUUAUUCCAUGAUUGCAGCGGUUCCUUUGGCAAUAUAUGUUGGUACAUAUAUACAUAUUACAAAAAUAUAAAUAAAUGUGUUGUGUGUACUCUGUUAAAAAUAUGGGGGCGUUUCCUGCGGCAACUGUUAUAGGUACAUAAACUUUUGUAAAUUUUUAGUUACAUUAAUUUAAAAUAAUGUAAUUUUUAUGCUUGCAUAUAAAAAUAUUGUUUCUAUUACUUUUUUAAUCAAAUGCAAAUUCAUACUGAUUUUAUUUUAUACAGGGUGGUGCACGAAUCGUGCUACAAAAACAAACCGUAAAUCUUGUUUUCUGUGUGAGUAAUCCACUUACUUUUUUUUAUUUGGCAGGUUAUUAUUUAAAUUUUUUAAAAAUGAAAGCGUAGGUUACCGAAAAGAAGGCUGGGAAAGUGCAGCGAGACCAUGCUUUGCAGUCCAUCAUUUCCGUCCAAAGGGAAUUCAGGCAGGGUUUUGGCGACACUCCCCCGAGUAAAUGGACCAUUAUGAGGUUGGUAAACAUGUUUGUCGAAUUUAAAAGUAUCGCAAGAAGACUGUACCAUCGAAAUCCGUAUGUUCGUGUUCAAGAAACAAUGGUUUGCAUCAUCAAUACAGGCAAAUCCAAGAGUUUCGACUCGCAACUUAUCGACGCCACAUGGAGUUAGCAGACGGUUAUUACAACGAGUAAUUCAUUCUGACUUUAACCGGUUUCUGUAAAAAGUUAAAAUAACAAGCCGUUUAAACUCUCAAAAUUUGCUAAGAUUUUGACAGCAAAUUAUUAACUUGAUAAAUUGCCUCUGAACAAGCAAAAUUGCCGUAUAUUGAGUGAGUCAAAUCCAGAAAUAAUCCACAAUACGGAACUUCACCCAUACCGAGUCACUGUUUGGUGCGCAGCUUCAUCAAGGUGUAUUGUUGGGACAUACUUCUUUGAAGAACACGGUGUAACAGUUACUAUCAAUGGACACGGUUAUUUUAGGAUGUUGAAUGAGUUUUUAUACCCAAAACUGCGCCGAAGACGUAUUCCUAUCAACAGCGUUUAGUUCCAGCAAGAUGGAGCAACUGCACACAUAGCCACGGGUUAUUACGGAGCUUCAACGAAAAUUUGAAACAAAUUAAUAUCAAGAAACUUCACUCUCCGCUGGCCCCCAAGGGCCUGACCUAACUGCACAGACUUUUUUUACGUCAUGCAAGAGGUGUGCAAAACAAAACCCAGAAAUCUGAAUGAAUUGAAGUAGUCCAUUAAAUCGAUAAUUGAGGCAAUCCCGACUUCAGCCCUUCAGACCGCAAUUAAUAAUUUUCUUAUUAGGGGUCGCAUAUGUGGCUGAGCAUAGAGGUUAUUUGCGAUCAAUAAUUAAUUAUAUAAAACUAAAUAAAAUUUGCUAUACAAUAAAAAAAUGUAAUGAUUAAAAAAAAAGUAAUUACGGUUUGUUUUUGUAGCAUGUAACGUGCGCCACCCAUAUGUAUGUAUGUUUGAGCAUACGUACAUAUCCCUGCAAUGUGCUCGUUAUCGAUAUGCCUUUGCACUUGCAUUUCGUCUGACGUAGCCGUCGACAUUUAUCUCCAGUGUUUACCGUCCCUCUUCACGUUAUCACUUUCCGUGUAUUUUUGAAUUUCACACUGAUUUUAUUGUUGCUAUUUUAUUUAUUUAUUUACCGCUACUCAGCUGUUCUUUGCUUUAUCUCCAUCUUUGCAUUUUUUAUUAUUAUAUGUUCAAUUGUUUUUUUUUUAGCAAAAAAUUGCAAUCAACCAACCACAAAGCGACAGCAAUAGCCUUUCGGCCAAGUAGAGUCACACAGCAAGCCUCAGCGCUCAAAUCAAUUUCAAAAUUUCAGUUUUGUGAUUUUUCGAAAAAAUUUGUGUUAUAAUUUUUUUAUUUCGUGCUACCAUUUUAGUUUUUUUUUUUACUUUUUAAUAAGUGGAUAUAUAUGUAAGCGCAAAUAAAUAUGCAUUUUUGAUGUGCGGCGUAUGUAUGUAAUGCAAAACUGAAGCUGUGUGUACUUAAAAAAAUAUUUUUGCGUAUCAUAUUUGCCUGCACACUAUUAAAACCAAAUUUUAGUGUUUGAAACUAUGUGGGAAGCUGUGUGGUUGGAUGAUGGGGUGAGAAAUUGCAGCGCGUUUUAAAAUAAAAAAAAAAUUAAAUAAUGUUGCAACAUCAGUUCCAAGCAAUGCCGUAAGCGAUGAUUUCACAUCAAUUGAUUGCUGCUCACCCGUUGCCAAAUAUGAGCUGACCGAUAACUCCACAGAUCAUUCAUUUCUGCUCAUGGAUGCCGAGGAAAAUUUACGCAUAGCGACUGCAGAGCGCUUCCGUCAACGACUCAAAUGUAGCGAUGAUACAAAAAUCAAAGUGAUCUCCAUAUUCGGCAACACCGGCGAUGGCAAGUCACACACCAUGAAUCACACGUUCUUUGAUGGCGCUGAGGUGUUCAAAACGUCGGCGGAGCAGAGUUCCUGCACGUUAGGCGUGUAUGCGGCUUUACAGCGUAACAUGGAUGUGCUUUGUCUGGAUACGGAGGGCCUAUUGGGCACCUCCAAGCAAAAGAAUCGGCGCACGCGCAUGUUGCUGAAGAUACUCGCCGUGUCGGAUAUCGUUAUUUAUCGCACACGCUCCGAGCGUUUACACAGCGACAUGUAUGAGUUUUUGGGGUCUGCAUCGGAAGCAUUCUGCUUGCAUUUCGCGCAAGCACUACAAUCGCUACCCGUGCCAGGCACAGCGCAAACGCUUGGCCCCGCCGUCUUCAUCUUCCACGAAACACAGCAUACAAAUCCGCUUGAUAGCUCUGUCGCUGAAAGCGCCGAAGAUCAACUGCGCAAACAAUUCGACAUGCAUAACCAUAAAAUAAACGCGUUCAGCUCGUUGCGCUAUAUUGGCGUACAAACAUUGAAACAUUUGACCACCGAUUAUAGCAAACUGAGGGAUGCCAUCAAAUUGGAAAUCGCCAAUACCACCGUACGCUCGCCACGUCAUCCCAGUGUUGUGUUCAAAGCGAUGAAUGCGCUCAAUACGAAAUUCUCCGGUGAAAUUAUUGAGGAAACCAUAAAUCCGUUUCCCGAGCAAUUUUUCACUUGCCCAGUGCGCUGUGAGGCAUGCAAUCAGCGUUGUCAACGUUCAAUGGGCCAUCUGAGUGACGGCGAUGCCCAUAUGAAUCAAAACCAAUGUAAUUAUCAGCAUCAGUAUGACAAUAAGAAGUAUAUGUGUGAGAAAUGCUACAACAAAGGCAAAAUGAACGUCGUCACAUUUAGCACACAAACGCGAAGUGACAGCUCCUGGUCCGGGCUGGCAAAAUAUGCAUGGAAGGGCGCCGUUAUCGAUUGUCCAACUUGCGGCGAAAUUUACAGAUCACGACAAUAUUGGUUUGGCAAUAAAUCGCCGGAGGAGACAGCCGUUAGAUCUAUUAUUGUACAUGCAUGGGAGCCAAAAGGUCCCACACACUCGGCACAAAUGGUGCUGGAUAAAGUAUCUACGCUCGGCGAUGCACUGCCGAAGCUACAUCCGAAUGCCGUAACCGGUUGGUUAGCGGAUUGGGUGGCGCCCAGUUAUUGGAAACCAAAUAGCGAAAUUAUUAGCUGUCAUGCAUGCAAGAAAGUUUUCGAAAAUACUGGUUUGCUUAAGCAUCACUGUCGCUGCUGUGGCGAAGGUUUUUGUCAUGCAUGCAGUAUGAAUCAGUUGCCAGUACCAGCGCGUGGCUGGAGAGAUCCGGUGCGUGUGUGUAAUAUAUGUUAUACACUCUUGCAGAAACAGCCGAAUGGAGUGCCAGCAAAUACAACCGAAGCAUUUAAUCAUACCAAUUCCAAUUCAAAUUCAAAUCCAAAUAAUAAUAUCACAGGCCAACCAACGACCGAGCAAGCUGACAUAAGUCUGCGCCAAAUCGGUGAGGUGAUCAUCAAUCCGUUGGGCAACAUAACAAAGGGCGCCUAUGAGUUUACCAAAGGAAUCAUCAAGGAUACUGCACGCCCCUCAUACUGGGUAUCCGACGCCAGUUCACCCACUUGCUACAUUUGUCAGACACUUUUCGGCACUGCCGAAGAGCUAGCCAUAGCAAAAGCCAGUGGCACCUCCCCCAGCAGCCAAAGCACAAAACAUACACAUGACACACAAGCAAAAGAAAAUAUUGCCAACGGCAAUAUGAGUGAUAGUGUCACAAGUAAUAUAUCAAAUGGCGGCGGCAAAUGUAAUAUACCAUCACCGAUUGGCCACUGUCCGCGUCAUCACUGUCGGCGUUGUGGCAAAGCGGUUUGCGAAAAAUGCUCACAACAACGCCAGCCAGUGCCCGAGCAUGGGUGGGAUGAGCCAGUGCGUGUCUGUGAUAAAUGUGCCGAUCCAAAGCAAUGCGAGCCGACCGCUAGUUGCAGCAACAAUGCUAAUAAUGGCAGUGCCGAUUGAAUAUGCCUGCGCAUAAAUUGCUUUGAUAUGUUUUUGGUUUUGUUUUUAUUUGAAGUUUGCAUUUAUACGCAUAUGCCACUGGUAUGGCGGCAUUUGCACAUUGGACUGAGCAGUAAAAGGCCUACAAAUCGUAAAAAUUCGCACACACAAAUAUAAGCAUUGCCACAUUUUCUCAUUGAUAUUCAUUUUCACACAUUGUAUUCGUUAAAAUUAAUUCUUUACAUAUAUACAUAUAUAGAUAAAUAUGAAGCGUAUAAACAGUUACGAGUAUGCGCCCAGUGAAAUGCACAGCUAGGCUUUGCUUAACACGAAAGUGUUGUGUUUCUUAUAUAAGAGUGAUUACUUGAGUCCUUAUAAGCUUCUAAAGUGAAUAUUUUAUACUAAUGACAAUGAUACAUCAGUAUUGCUGUGUUUAUAUUAUAUCUUAAAAUAGCAUAAAGGGUUACAUGGGUUUCGUCGUACAAAAAACGCCCUAUUUUCAAUAAUUUUUUUUUAAUAUAAAAAAUUAAAUAUUUUAUUCAAACUUUUUAUUAUUCCAAAGAUACAUAUUUGAUGAAGAUUUUGUGAAAUUUUCAAAGGAAAAUAUUCAAAACUCGGUCAUUACGACGUCAUUUCCGACAGUCUCUUAAAACAAGGUGCUUCCGCGUUGACAGCAGAAUUUCUGACAGGAUCAUAAAAAAAAAUACGUGUUUGAACUAAGACCUAGUUAACUAGGUACGGAGACGGGGAAAAAACAAAUAAAGUGAAAAUUGUAUUUUUGGCAGACGUUUUUACAAAAGCAUGCAAAUUUUGGUGAAAAUUUCUCGACGUUUUUUGUUUUUUUAUAUAGUUGUAAUUAAUCAAAAAAAUAUGCUCCGCGACAAGACCUUGUAAAUUAUAUCUCAGACCUGUGUAAAAUUUCAUUUAGAUCGGUUGAGUGGUUCGUGUGAAAUCUUGACAACCGACUGAAAACACAGUUUCGAGAAAAACGCGCUUAAAGUUUUAAGUGACUAUAUAGCUGACCUCAAACGCGCAACUUGUUUAAGCUGUAUCUCCAAAACUAUUACUAAAUAACAGUAAUUUGAGAAUUUAGGACAAUAUUCUAGAGAUGUUAUAGAAUUAAGUAAGACAAUAAUUUUUUUUUUUUUGAAGCCGUGAAACCCAUGUAACCCUAUAAGUCGUCUUUAGCUAAAGUGUGUUUUUUGUUUGCUAGAUAAAAUCUGUACUUAACUUUCAGCUCUAUUCCAACAUAAUUUGUUGCUAGUUUUUUAAAAACAUUAUUUGAGCUGUCAAACAAAGUCGUGUUGCUUAUAAAUUGCGCAGCUUAACUCAAACUAAGCACUUUUGCUAAAGUCCACUUAAGCUAUUUUUGUUUACUAUCGCAGUUUUAGAGUUAUCAACUCGCACACAAAUAAUUUUGACAACGACAUUUUUCGCUGUGUUUCAAAUUUUCAAUAUAAAAAAUCUUCAAUUUGAAUUACAUAUUGCUUUGCCCUCCAAUUUGCCAUUAUCCGCUUCAUACUAUAUAUGUACAUAUGUUUAUAGAAAAAUUAUAAAAAAUCGAUUUAAUUUCACAAAGGCUACAAAAUUGUAAUGAAUGAUUGUGAUACUUGAUAAGCGUUUAUAUAUAUAUAUAGUUAUAUGAUUGUUUAUUUGUAUGCAUUGUGAGAUGCUAAUUUCUCUCCCAAAUUAUAUUUACCACCUAGAAUUAUAUAAGUUGCAUGGUAAAAUAAAAUUUAAGCUACAAUACAUACAUAUGUAUAUAUAUAAAAUUUGUGUAUGGUCAAAAAUCGAAAUGUCUCAACUUUCGCGCAUGCGUGGUCAGUAUUUUUGCCAUAAAAAAUGUUUGAAUGCAUAAAUCUGUGAUUAUGCGCAGCCAGUGGCAGCACUGUUUCGUCAUUUGACUAUAGCAACUAUUGUAUUGGUAUAUAUAUAAAAAUAUAAGAAAAAAUUAUUUGUGUAUACGUUACCUUAAUGGAUUCAAUGUUAUGCUAAUUUAGUUAAACAAUUUAAGUGAAGUGAAAAGUAGCUGAAUUGUAUUCUAAUAAAUGUUUUUUUUUUGUCUGAAAAAAUGCUGCUUCUAGUUAAUUUUCGCAGUUAUUAUAUAUUCAAAUUUUUCAUUGUAACAUAUUACUUCUUCUCUGUAAACA